AUGUCUAGUACUACUAGCUCCACAUUCACUACAUCUUCCAGCUCUGGAGGAAACUUUGCCGCUACACCGGCCGCUUAUACCUUUCCAUCUCCUUCUUCCUUACCACCAGCAUACAACCCGCCAUUGGAAGAAUAUGGAUACGGCACCCCACCACCAGUAUAUGACUUUCCAAGCCAAGGAAAUGGUGGUGACGAACCUCGAUCAUCAAGGAGCUCGUAUCCGACGUCGUCGCUCGAUCAACAUUUUAGCUCCGGAUCAGGACGACAAGAUGGAAGCCCAGCUGCGUAUGAUACCAGCAUGGCCAGACCGACACGAAUGGCACAUGCUGCUCCAGCUCAUGACACAAAUACAAAUCGCGACAAAGCAGCGCUUCAGGAUACGUCCAGCCCAGUUGAGGUCACCCUCAUAUCUUCAGUCCUGGGAGAAGGAUUUCAAACCACAAUCAUUACGGUAAACGAGGCUCAGGCUACUUCGCUUGCCAUGCCUUUGGCCUUGGCCUUGAACAGUCCGGUAGAGGGGAGACCCGAUUCAAGUACAUCAGAACCAGAGGGUUCUGAAUCAAGUCAUCAGAAUUCUGGCCCAAGUGAUGAACUUAACAAUUCUAGCAGCGUAGGCUUCGAGACGCCAAUGCCGGCAUUUUUUGCCGGAGGAUCGGCGACGACCGACCCUAGCAUAUAUGUACUAAUAAGCACCGUGUCUCUUGCAGCUGGUUUCGCCAUUUGCAUCUUGUAA